AUGUUUUUUUUUGGUGUCAUUGUCUACGUUGAUGUUUUGGAACACUUUUUUUACAUGCUGUUGCACCUUAGAAUGGUCUCAUCAUCAUUUGUCAUUGUCAUUGAUUGCGCAUCGCACAACGCCUCCAUCCGGCAGCGAAUGUUUCUGCAUCCUGAAGAAUGGGUCUUCAUUCUCAAUUCAUCGUCAAAUAAAAAAACUCUGGGGGAUAGGUUACUGGGUAGGAAACGCUGUCGUUCGUUCGACUUUGUCUUACCAACUAACAAAAUGAGAGAAGCCAUCUGCAUCCACAUCGGUCAGGCCGGUGUCCAGAUCGGUAAUGCCUGCUGGGAGCUGUUCUGCCUCGAGCACGGUACCUUUUUUCUCUACAUACAGUUUGCACCUGAUAUUAUUUUUUAGAUGUGCAUUGAAGUGGUAUAGAAAUUAAGAUAGUGUGAUCUUCUGCAAAACUAGACAUCUGACAAGCAGCAUUUUCUACUUGAAUGUAUUUGCAUUUCAUUCUCAAACACGGACUUUCCACACCUUUCCCUUCUCCUUACAGGCAUCCAGCCGGACGGUCAGAUGCCGUCUGACAAGACCAUCGGUGGUGGAGAUGAUGCCUUCAACACCUUCUUCUCGGAGACCGGUGCCGGAAAGCACGUUCCGCGUGCCGUCUUCGUCGAUCUGGAGCCGACCGUGAUCGAUGAGGUGCGUACGGGUACCUACCGUCAGUUGUUCCACCCGGAACAGCUGAUCUCCGGUAAGGAGGACGCCGCGAACAACUUCGCCCGUGGUCACUACACCAUCGGUAAGGAGAUCGUCGACUUGUGCUUGGAUCGCAUCCGUAAGCUUGCGGACAACUGCACCGGUCUUCAGGGCUUCCUGAUCUACCACGCUGUCGGUGGUGGUACCGGAUCCGGUUUGGGCUGCCUCAUGAUGGAGCGUCUGUCCGUCGACUACGGUAAGAAGUCCAAGAUCUCCUUCACCGUCUGGUGCUGCCCCCAGGUCUCCACCGCCGUCGUCGAGCCGUACAACACCGUGCUGUGCGUCCACUCUCUGUUGGAGCACACCGAUGUCACCAAUCAGGUCGACAACGAGGCCCUGUACGAUAUCUGCCGUCGUAACUUGGACAUCGAGCGCCCGACCUACACCAACUUGAACCGCUUGGUCGCUCAAAUCAUCUCGUCUCUGACCGCGUCCCUGCGAUUCGAUGGUAAUAACGAACUCUACAUCAUUGUCUACGUCGUUCUGUGAGAAAAUGAGGCGUUCUGGUUUUGUGAUGAUAGGCAACUUCGACCUUCGUUUCAUCAUACCAUGAGAACGAGAGUUUCGAGUAUUGUGACGUAGGAUUCCUAGUUUGUAGUCAUGCACGUGGACCUGCGAAUCUACUUUCCUUCAUAUUUCUGAAAUAACUUCAGGUGCCCUGAACGUCGAUGUCACCGAGUUCCAGACCAACUUGGUGCCGUACCCGCGUAUCCACUUCAUGUUGACGUCCUACGCGCCGAUCAUCUCGGCCGAGAAGGCUUACCACGAACAGCUGUCCGUUGCGGAGUUGACCAACAGCGUGUUCGAGCCGGCGUCAAUGAUGGUCAAGUGUGAUCCCCGUCACGGAAAGUACAUGGCCUGCUGCCUCAUGUACCGUGGUGAUGUUGUCCCGAAGGACGUCAACGCGUCCGUCGCAACCAUCAAGACCAAGCGCACGAUCCAGUUCGUAGACUGGUCACCCACGGGCUUCAAGUGCGGUAUCAACUACCAGCCGCCCACGGUCGUUCCGGGUGGUGACUUGGCCAAGGUCAUGCGCGCUGUCUGCAUGAUCUCCAACUCGACCGCCAUCGCCGAGGUCUUCUCCCGCAUCGAUCACAAGUUCGAUUUGAUGUAUUCCAAGCGUGCCUUCGUCCACUGGUACGUCGGUGAGGGUAUGGAAGAAGGUGAGUUUUCCGAGGCUCGUGAGGAUCUUGCGGCCCUCGAGAAGGAUUACGAGGAGGUCGGUAUCGAGACCGCCGAAGGCGAAGGUGAGGAGGAGGGCUACGGUGAUGAGUUCUAAGCGACUCGUCUAGUUGCCGGUGGCACCGGAUGUUCAUGAAUUGAAAUCCACGUCUUUUUGAGACUUCUGAGGUGGUUGGACUUUCUUCAGACAUCCGCGUAGGUGCAUAACUUCACUAGAUCAUAUGUAUCUGGGAAGGAAAUAGAGAACUGGGGUUGUGGCGUUUGCUACGCUGAUGAUGUAGAUCGUACGGUGUUCACUUUCCUGGCUUCGGUAGAGCUCGGUUCACCGCAAU